AUGAACAACAACAGCCAGCCUUCUCCGAAGAACAACCCCAAAACUUGUGAAAAUGGCAAAGUGGCCCCUAUCCAGGAACCCCCCACAAACACAAGAUUUUCAAACCAGUCCUCGCCUUCGCCCCCGGCAAGGAACAAAGGAAGAAGAAGGGGAAGGAAUAACAGUGGGCGUAAAUUGGAUCAAGGCGAAGCCUUUAUGCGGCCGAGUUCGAGGCCAUGCACAAGCCGGGCCAUUGUGCCAGUUGGUAAUAAUAGAUCAGACGAAAAAGGUUUCCCCAGUUCAAGCAAGUCUUUGAAUUUUCCGGCCCGGCCCGGGUUUGGGCAGCUCGGGACCAAAUGUAUUGUCAAGGCCAACCAUUUCUUUGCCGAGUUGCCAGACAAGGACUUGAACCAGUAUGAUGUGACUAUUACUCCCGAAGUGACAUCGAGAGCGGUAAAUCGGGCGAUCAUGGCUGAACUUGUGAAAAUUUACAAAGAAUCUGAUUUGGGGACGAGAUUGCCUGCUUAUGACGGACGAAAGAGCUUGUACACAGCUGGUGAACUUCCUUUCGCUUGGAAGGAGUUUACGAUUAGGCUCAUUGAUGAAGACGACAGCAUAAAUGGACCCAAGAGAGAGAGGGUAUAUAAAGUGGCGAUCAAGUUUGUAGCGCGUGCAAACUUACAUCACUUGGGCCAAUUUCUUGCUGGCAAGCGUGCGGAUGGUCCUAAAGAAGCCAUUCAGAUUCUUGAUAUCGUACUCAGAGAGCUUUCGAUGAAAAGAUUCUGUCCUGUUGGGAAGUCGUUCUUUUCGGCCGACAUUAGAAAACCACAGAGGCUUGGUGACGGUUUGGAGGCUUGGUGUGGAUUUUAUCAGAGUAUAAGGCCCACUCAAAUGGGACUAUCACUCAAUAUUGAUAUGGCUUCAGCUGCAUUUAUUGAGGCUCUUCCAGUGAUCGACUUUGUUGCCCAAUUAUUGGGGAAGAAUGUGUUGUCGAGGCCGUUAUCAGAUUCUGACCGAAUUAAGGUUAAAAAGGCCCUUAGAGGAGUAAAAGUCGAAGUGACUCACAGGCGAGAUGUACGGAGGAAAUAUCGAGUAUCUGGAAUUACGACUCAACCCACUCGAGAGCUAGUAUUUCCGGUUGACGAUAACUUGACCAUGAAGUCAGUUGUUGAGUACUUCCAAGAAAUGUACGGUUUCACGAUUCAAUACACUCAUCUUCCUUGCCUUCAAGUGGGAAACCAGAAGAAGGCAAACUAUUUACCAAUGGAGACUGUCCAACACAAUGACUAUGAACAAGAUCCGUACGCAAAGGAGUUUGGAAUCAAAAUCAGUGAGAAACUGGCAUCGGUUGAGGCAAGAGUGCUCCCUGCUCCCUGGUUGAAAUAUCACGAAACUGGAAAGGAGAAAGAUUGUUUGCCACAAGUAGGACAAUGGAACAUGAUGAACAAGAAAAUGAUCAAUGGCAUGACUGUUAGCCGUUGGGCGUGUAUUAACUUUUCAAGGAGUGUCCAAGAUAGCGUUGCUCGUGGAUUUUGCAGUGAGCUGGCCCAAAUGUGUCAAGUGUCGGGCAUGGAAUUUAAUCCGGAGCCCAUUAUUCCAAUUUACAACGCCCGUCCCGAUCAAGUGGAAAAAGCCUUGAAGCACGUGUAUCAUGCAUGCAUGAACAAACUAAAGGGAAAGGAAUUGGAGCUUCUUUUGGCUAUCUUGCCAGAUAAUAAUGGUUCCCUUUAUGGUGAUCUGAAGCGAAUAUGCGAAACCGAUCUCGGUCUGAUUUCACAGUGUUGCCUGACGAAACACGUCUUCAAGAUCAACAAACAGUAUUUGGCUAAUGUGUCCUUAAAAAUUAAUGUUAAGAUGGGCGGUAGGAACACGGUUCUGUUGGAUGCUAUAAGCUGCAGGAUACCAUUAGUGAGUGAUAUACCAACAAUCAUCUUUGGGGCAGACGUAACACACCCCGAAAACGGAGAGGAAACAAGCCCAUCAAUUGCUGCUGUUGUGGCAUCUCAAGAUUGGCCGGAGGUGACAAAAUAUGCAGGACUUGUUUGUGCUCAGGCACACAGACAAGAACUUAUACAGGAUUUAUACAAGACAUGGCAGGACCCUGUUCGUGGUACAGUCAGUGGUGGCAUGAUUAGGGAUCUUUUGGUUUCGUUCAGGAAAGCAACCGGGCAAAAGCCACAGAGGAUAAUAUUUUACAGGGAUGGUGUGAGUGAAGGGCAGUUUUACCAAGUGCUACUGUUCGAGUUGGAUGCUAUCCGCAAGGCUUGUGCAUCUUUGGAGCCAAACUACCAACCAUUGGUCACAUUCAUUGUGGUUCAAAAACGACACCACACCCGACUCUUUGCUAAUAAUCACAGGGACAAGAGCAGCACAGACAAGAGUGGAAACAUUUUACCUGGCACAGUGGUCGAUUCUAAAAUCUGUCACCCAACGGAAUUUGACUUUUAUCUCUGUAGCCAUGCUGGGAUUCAGGGAACGAGCCGACCUGCUCAUUACCAUGUCCUAUGGGACGAGAACAAUUUUACUGCUGAUGGAAUUCAAUCUCUAACAAACAAUCUCUGUUAUACGUAUGCAAGGUGCACGCGUUCUGUCUCAGUCGUUCCCCCGGCUUAUUACGCACAUUUGGCUGCUUUCCGGGCAAGAUUCUAUAUGGAACCUGACACGCCUGAAAAUGGCAGUAGUCAAAGUGGCAAGGUCAAUGCACGAGCAGCCGGCGAGUCAUGUGGUGUGCGGCCUUUGCCUGCCCUUAAAGAGAAUGUAAAGAGAGUUAUGUUUUACUGUUGA